AUGUUGCGCUACCUGACGGCGACACUCGGCCUCUUGGCCGUGGGCGCGCUUUCCCAGACCACCACGGAACCACCUACACCUUCGGAGUCUGAAAGCUCGGAACCUACAACACAUACUAUCCGAGUGGGCUGGUCGGGAUUCAAAUUUACGCCAAACGAGACGUUUGCGAAGCCCGGCGACACAGUUGCUUUCAAGUUCUACCCUCCGGACCACUCCGUCAUCCGGGCCAACUAUGAGUAUGGCUGCAUCCCUUACGAGCUCGUUGGUGAGAACAAGGAGGGCUUCUACGACGGCCCCCACAUCAUGAGCGGAAUUUCGGAAGAUAGCCCCGUCUUCAACCUCAAGAUCAACGAUACGGAACCGAUCUUCUUCUACUGCGGCGCCAAGGGAUCGUGCAUGGACAAGCACAUGAUUGGCGUUAUCAACCCUAACAAAAACCAAACCCUCGCCGGCCACCUCGAGUUUGUAGAGCACGCCGAGUUCGAGCUCAUCCCCGGAGACGACUGGCCUUCCGAGUCGGAGAAGCCCGACGACAUCAAGGGCGGCUAUGACGGAGACGAUUCCGGAAGCUCCUCCGGCGAUAAAAGCGGCUCCAACAGCGACAAUAACUCGUCUCACAGCCACGGCCUCUCCUCCGGCGCCAUCGCCGGUAUUGCCAUUGGCGGCGCUGCGGUUCUUCUCGGCGCGGCUGGUCUCAUCUAUUACUGUGGUCGCAAUGGCGGAAUGGAUCGUGCCUACCGAAAGAGCAUGGGAGCUGGCGCGCCCGCUGGUGGCGAUGCGGCGGCGGCAGCAGCGGCAGCGAACAUGCCCCUAGCUCGCCCUUCUCUCCCACCUCGGAGCACAAACCCGCGAUGA